AUGCUUAUACAGGAUGAGAUUGUUGAAGAGUUUGAGAGAAAAGGUCAGAAAAUGGAAUUUGACAAAGAAGUGGUGGCGCAAGUCGCUUUUGCUAUAUGCGAUACUCUAUGUCUUACCUGGCCUAGUGAGCUUUUGCAAUUUGCAAAGCACGCGAAGCGUUCAGUCAUUAACAUGUCGGAUCUGAAGCUUCUUUUCCGAAGAAAUGAAAACAUGCUUUCUCUUAUCCGAAACAUUUCUGAGAGCUCAUUGCUUCCUGCUAGAAAAAGGCAAUCUAGGAAGGGUACAAACAAAAAGAGUAGUAAAACAACAGACAGUAUUGAAGAGAUGAAUAGUGAGAAUUCGAAAGAUACGGGUACUUUGCUUUAUGAAAGUAAGGAUACUCUAAAGUUGACGGAUUUCUGGAACCAACCUUCAACUAGUCGAGGACGAUCAUUAUUGUCUGGGACAUCUAAAUAUAUUUCAGUAACAUCGGAAGAGAAAUUUCUGUUUAAUUCUGAAUCUUUGCAAAGCAAGCAGGUAGCUGCGAAAAAGAAAGAUAAGCUAUCCUGUUGCAAGCAAAAAGCAGAUAUAGCUGAACCGAGAAAAACAGAUAAUAGAAAGGAAAGACAAAAUCAUACUAAACAGUGGUUAAAGCCAACCUUUCAUCUAAAUGGUUUUGAAUUGGUUGAAAAGCAGGAGCUGGAAUCUUUAGAUAUUAAUAUUCCAUGUUAUUCGGGCAAAGAUUUACACGCGCAAAGAUCGGAAAGCGUUACUUGUUCCUGGAGUAAAAGUAGUCGAGAGAAGCGCGGAAUAAAUCCAAAAAAAGAGUUCGAUAUAUCCAUCGACACAACAGAUCUGUGCAAUGCAGUAGAAGUGGAUGCAAAAAAUCCAGUCAUUUCAAACUUGGAAUUAGGCAAUGAAAUUAAAAGUUCGACUAUAGCAGUUACCAGUCACAAAUCCGAUAUACGAGCAAAUGAAACUGAAUGGAACAAGACGGAAUCCCGAAUUGGGAGUGUGCCAGAUGAAAGGCGUAUUGUUGCUGUUGAAACUCCUGUGUUGAGCUCGAAAAGAAUAAAUAUGAGGCAGUUUACGGAUACGUCUUUUAGAUCCAGCGUUGCAGAUGACUGCUUUUCUUCUUUCAAAUUUGAAUCAGAUGAAGAUUCGGACCAGGGUCCUUCACUAAUAGAAAAUAAAGUUACAAGUGCUAAUGCAAAAUCAUCGCCAAGCAGUAGAAAUAGGUGCAUUGCUAGUAAAUGUGCUUCAACAAAUAAUAAGGACGAACAUCAAAUCACUAGUAGUGGAGAAAGUGAUACUGAUUUGGAUGCAACUGUCUUUGAUUUUUAA